AUCGAGGAAAGAACGGGAAAGAUAAAAGGAGGAGAAAUGAGAGGGAUAAAAAGGGAAAUGAAAGAGGAUACGAUAGACUGUGAAAGAGAAUUGAGAGAGAAACAGGUAUUUCCCCAUCCUCCAGCAAUGGCGGCUGGCUAUCCCCCGUCCGUUAUCUAGGGGUUUAUGGCUCUCUGUUUGCCUCAGCGGGUGCUGCCAUCUCGCGUUCUCCGUCCAAUCGCUUGCCGUUUCGUCUCCGGUGCGGCACCCCCGGCUCCAACCCCCGUCAUCAUGGCUGCUCCUCUCAAGGUCGCCGCGGUCCAGAUGACGUCUGUGAACGACCUCUCUGCCAACUUCUCUAUCUGCAGUCAGCUUGUAAAGGAGGCGGCCACUGCUGGAGUGAAGAUGCUGUGUUUCCCCGAAAACUUCUCCUUUGUAGGUGCAAGAGAUGGAGAGAGCCUGGAGGUAGCUCAGUCUCUUGACGGGCCCGUCAUGCAAGGUUACCAGUCACUUGCUCGGGAGUUCAAUAUUUGGUUAUCUCUCGGAGGCUUUCAGGAGAAAGGAGCAGAUGAUAAACAUUUGUAUAACACACAUGUGUUGAUUGAUGAAUCUGGACACAUCAGAAAUACUUACAGGAAGAUACAUUUGUUUGAUGUUGAUGUUCCUGGUGGCAUGGUAUACAAAGAGAGCAAUUUCACAGUUGCAGGGAAUGAUCUUGUUGUAGCUGACAGUCCUGUUGGGCGCUUGGGUCUAACUGUAUGCUAUGAUUUAAGGUUUCCUGAUCUUUACCAGCAACUGCGGUUUCAACAUAAUGCACAAGUGUUAUUGGUGCCUUCAGCCUUUACAAAGGUAACUGGAGAAGCACAUUGGGAGAUUCUUCUUCGUGCUCGUGCAAUUGAGACUCAGUGUUAUGUAAUUGCUCCCACGCAAACUGGAAAACACACUGAAAAAAGGGAAAGCUAUGGUGAUGCCUUAAUUAUUGACCCAUGGGGUACCAUUGUUGGUCGCCUGCCAGACCGAUUAAUGACUGGGUUGGCUAUAGCGGAGAUUGAUUUGUCACUUGUGGAUUCAGUGCGAAUGAGAAUGCCACUGUCUGAGCAUCGCAGACCACAAAUCUACCGGAACGCAUCCUGCAUAUGAAGGGCUUGAACAGUUAUUAGUUGGAUACCAAUGCUGUGGCUGCGGCACUAGUGGUUCCCAUUCCUGUAAAUCAAUCUGCUUGUAAGUUGUAACACCCAACAUGUAGGAUGAACACGAAAGGGUGGAAAUUUCUGUGAUGGGAAUCAGCUGCUGAAGCAAUAUCUGGAGGAAGCAACGGCAAUUUAAUUUACAUUUAUAAUAAACAUGAAGAUUGUAAGACUACCGGUUCAUCUUUUCUGAGUGACGGAAUUGAAAAUAAAUUAAAAAAAUUAAUAAUUGAAGAUUUCCUUUUCA